AUGUCGGACGGUGAAGAAGCCAGAGUUUUGGAGAAAGCGCUUAGCUCCUACUAUCAUUAUGAGGAAUAUGCAUUGAACGAAAUUUGGAAACCAAGGAUGUGUAAAUGGAUGUCGCUGUCAAAUUUACAAAAAUCUAAAAUUCCUUGGUAUGGAAAGUAUCUCGGUGAAUUAAAAAGAUGCAUUAUGAAGAAUGCAGAGUUCUAUAGGUUGGUUGUGCAACGGUCUGUCGCGUAUUGGGGCUGUAACCCCAAUCCUGAUCAGUGGAGUCAGCCCACGUCAUAUGACAUGGACAAGACGGUUCUAAUGUUUACACAGAUCUUACGAGAAUGGUCACAGGAAUGUCAGGAUGAACGUGAUCUUUUACUGACUAGAUUACGAGCAUUUCUUAAUCAAGAGAUUCCAAACAAAUUUGAGCGUAGAGUGGUUAAAGUACUCAUCCCUGGUGCAGGUCUUGGGCGAUUGAUAGUAGAUCUUGUAAAUGACGGAUUUUGCGUGGAAGGUAACGAAACAUCCUAUCACAUGCUUCUUCUCUCUCGGUUUAUUCUUAAUGGAGAACACCCUAAAGAGGGGCUAACAAUCUAUCCUUUUGUACAUACCUUUUCUCACCAAUUAAGCCACGAACAUCAGCUGCGGCCGAUUAGAAUUCCCGACGUCAGAAUCUCAGAAAUGCUAAAUGGAGUUUGUUCGAUGAGUAUGUCAGCAGGAUCCUUUGUAGAUCUCUAUGGGCCACCUCUCGGUAUCAAAUGGUCAGAAUAUUACUCAGCAGAUAUUGAGAUGAUAAGAUAUCGGGAGCAGAAUGCUUCUUCAGUGCGAAUUGUGGUGACGAACUUUUUCAUUGAUACUGGCAGCAACAUACUCGAUUACCUGGAAACAAUUUCGCACGUUCUUGAAGAUGGAGGGUAUUGGGUAAACUUUGGUCCCUUGAUGUAUCAUUAUGAGAAUGAUUCUCAAGUGGAAGUCACAGGCGAUAUAGACCCCACUACCGGAGAAGUAAAGAAUGUUAACCGUUUUGUCCCAGUGAAGGGUCUUGAGUUGAGCUUGAACGAUCUCAUACAAGUUGCUUGUGACCAGUAUGCUUUUGACAUUAUCGCUAAAGAAAUAGGAAUCAAAAGUGGCUACGGAAGAGAUCCUACUGGAAUUGCAUUGUUGGGCUACAUGUGCAACUACUGGCUUUUCAAAAAAAGAAAGAAAUCGUUUUCUAUUUGCUAG